UACUUCAAUUUGUUGCAAUAGAGUUGACCAUAGUCGUGUAUUUUCAACAGAAAUCAACAACCUUAGGUGUAUCUACUUGUAGCGCAUGAAUGUCAAAACAUGGCUGGAAAAGGAAGGUUUAGAAUUCCAACUCUAGAUGAGAAAGACAAAGCUGAAUCAGGUUUGAAAAAAGGAGUCAAGCCUCUCUUUAAGACUGUCAAGGAGUCUAAGAGUGAUGGUGUAUUGCCCAAGCAAGUCGUACCAUCAGUAGCUUCCAGCUUACCACAGAAAAGACUGCCAACCAACAGUAGCAACUCCAACACACACCCAUCAAGCUCAGUCUCAACAGACACAAAGGCUGCAUCCAGUAAUGAUAAAAAUAUAAAUUCUGCAAAAGAAGGUGUUAGCAAAUCACAAACAGCUAACAAUUUGACAAAAGUGACAGCUAGUAAGCUGGAUGUUGCAGCAAAAUCCACAAGUUUACAAAAGGAAGCAGAGAAAUUAGCAGAAGAACAACCUGUAGAAUCUCUACCAACACUUGCUAAAAUAGGAAAAACAAACUCCCUGAUUGUUAACCAGAGACAGAGAGGAAACCCCAUAUUGAAGCAUGUGAGAAACAUACCCUGGGAAUACGGGAACAUUGUACCAGAUUACGUUAUGGGGCAAUCAACAUGUGCGCUGUUCCUCAGUCUUCGAUAUCAUCAACUUAACCCAGAAUAUGUCCACAAACGGCUUAACCUUCUGGGCAAGAGUUUUGAUCUGAGGGUACUGCUUGUCCAAGUUGAUAUUAAAGACCCUCACCACCUGUUGAAGGACCUGGCCAAGAUGUGUAUUCUGGCCGACUGCACGCUCAUGCUGGCUUUCAGCCCGGAGGAGGCAGGGAGGUAUCUGGAGACGUACAAGGUGUAUGAGAACAAACCACCAGAAGCCAUCAUGGAGAGAACAGAGAACAACUUCAUGGCUAAGAUGACAGAUUGCCUGACGACUGUGAAGUCCGUCAACAAAACAGACUGUAUGACUCUCAUGACCACGUUUGGGAGCCUGGAGAAGGUGAUGAAGGCGGGAAGGGAGGAGCUGUCACUGUGUCCAGGGUUCGGGCCUCAGAAGGCCCAGCGCCUCCAUGACGUGUUCCAUCAGCCAUUUCUGAAAAGUAGGAAACGACGACCUGACAACACAAAAGAUAUGUCAGAAGAUACCGAACCAAGCACAUCCAAGUCAGCUAGAUAACACAAGGCGUGUUCAUAUGUGUAUAGUUCAGUGUUCUAUUCUGCCCUGAUGUACCUCAGUUUGGUCAUGGGAUUAAAUCAACCAUUGACGGUGAACAUGGUUGGUCUACGGUGCUACACACUGGAAACCACUUCUGGCGGAAAUACAACAUUGAAUUUGUAGUUGCUAUGGUUUCUGAGAACUUCACCUCUGUUCGGUGAAGUAGACAGUCAUGGCGCUGCACAGUCCAUCCAAGUGGAAACCUUUAAAGGCUCCCAGAAGGCAGCUCAGUAAAAGGAAGCCAUCAAGCAAUACCCAAGGGCUUGAAGAACUAAAGUAACAUGUGACCUUACAAUGAACAAUGGAAUUCCCUGUCAUCACAGGUCACUGGUGUUACUACCAGUUGGUAUGUGUGUAGAAAACCCUGAGGUACCAAAAUGAGCACAAUAAUUUACAGCUCAUUAAUCCCGGAUUGAGCAGCUCUUGGAAUGGGUGCUUGAUGACCACCGUUACAGGAUAGAUGUCGUCUCCAAACCUGCUCCAUUUUCACCUUCUGGUAGGAUUGAAACUAGGUAUUCCAAAGCAACAAAUAGCAGUAGUCUUUGUCAUUCCAAAAAGACUUUUCUCACACCAAAAAACUCUUCCUAGCAUGAUUGAGCAGGAUAUGUUUGUUAGGCAUAGUAAAUGAGGUGACACCUGACUGGCUGAUAUUUGUAAUCUCUGUAUAAAUUAACCACACUGAUUGGAACAGUUUUUGUUUAUCGAUGAAUUCAAAUAUAUUUGCAUAUUUAUUAGAUCCGUUUCAUCUGAUUGUCAAAUUUUCAAAAAGAUGCAAAAGCUCAACAAUUUAUCAAGUGGGAUCAAUUUCUUAAAUGGCCUAAGUAUUUCAUUUUCCGUUUACAUAUUUUUGCAUUGUUUCAAAUAUGAAUGUGUAAACUUGAGGUCAGCGGUCAUCUGGUAAGCUGGUUAUAAAAUUAUCUUAUGGCUUCACAAUGUCCGUAUCUAAUAUCUCUGUAUGUUGAUGAUCAGAAGCAGGGAUUGGCACACAGAUAGUCUUUGAGCUGUUUGGUUGACUAGUGCAAAACAACUGGUUCUCAAGCAGUGGCGUGUGAAUAAUUGGUGUGGAUGUGACCGUAUUUGUAUGGGUGUGCUACCCCAGAUCCAGUCUCACUAAAAACAGAUCUUAGUGCUCGCAAUUCAUUCUUGAUUUAUCAUCUGUAAACAUGUCAUGUCUAACAAUAUAUUUUCACAACAUAAAAUCAAUUCUAAUUCAA